AUGGUUCUUCAAAAAUACAAACUUUCAUCGUAUGGAGAAACAAAACGUUUAACAGGAAUCGAUGAUGUAUUGGUCGAACCACUUUUAUUUACCGAAAAACUAUACGUAUUCGAUAUGGAUGGAAAAAGAAUCGGUCGUUUUUCAUUGAAAAUAGAAAAAGAAGAAAUGAGAAAAAGUAAUUUAAAAAUAUUAUACGUUCACAUUUCAAAUCGUGCUUACAUAAAUGGAAAAUUAUCCGAAUCCAUUGUCACGGGAACGGUUACAACAAAAUUAAAAACGUUAGAAGAAAUACGUUACGAAUGUUCUGAUUUACCUGAAUCUGGUAAACAUGAAAGAUACAUGUUUCUAUUAAGAGAACAAACUAAAUAUUAUCUUUCAGUAACGACAAAUAUUUGCAAUGUACAACAUAAAACAAAAACAUCCAUACCAUUUUUGGAAGCAGUCGGAUUGAUUGGAGAAAGUUCGAACGCACUUUUAUUAAGGAUAUUAGCUGUUAAAGGUUACGAAGGAAUUUUAUGUUUAAAAACAAUUUUAUCAAAUGGGAAAAAAUGUAAAAAUUAUUAUGUAUCGAAACUAAGCGAACAAGUUGUCAACGGUAAAAAAAUGCAAGUUUUAAUAGUUUAUAGAAAUAUAACAAAUCAUAAAAAAUAUAACAUAACAAUGACAUUUGCAUUGACAAGAUGGGGUCAAAUAAUAUAUUUAUUUUGGUCUAAUUCAAAAAUUUUUCUACACGUCGAUCCGGAUGCAUUGAUUUUAACAAAUUCCUAUUCAUCCGGGUAUCCGGGACUUGAAAAACAUUGGCAUAAAGAUGUACAAUUAUAUUCAAAGUAUCUUGACAAAGUGGAUGAAACUGCAAUAAAAGCAAGAUCUUACAUUAGUCAAAAUGAAAAAUUAAAAAGAAUUAUUUACGUAUUUGUUGAAUAUGCAAUUUUGAUGAAACCCUCCGACAUUGUUUCAUUUGCAAUUAAAUAUUUUGUUACAUUUGAAAAUUCCCUACAAAAUAAACCGGAAUCAUCACGUGUAAGUGAACGUGAAAGUCAAGAAAUAUUUGGAGGAGGAGGUGGAGACGGAGGAGGAGGAGGAGGAGGAGGAGAAGAAGAAGGAGAAGAAGAGGAAGAAGAAGAAAUAAUGAUGGAUAAAAAUAAAGGAGAAUAUGAACAUUUUGGUGAAAUUGAAAACAUGAUUUUCGGUGAAGAAUAA